UCUUUUGAAUUUUUGCCGUGUGCUGCAAUUAUUUUCUGAGCUAUGUCCUCACCAGCAAUUUCCUUAAUUUCAAGCUCAACAUCUCUGAGACUCAGCCAUGUCUUCCCAGCAAAGAGAAAUGCAAUUCUAUACAACGCCAUGUCCUGCUGCAGAGUCUGUCCUUUGAAGCCACCGUCUCUUAACAGAAUCUUCAUCAGAACUCAUAUGGGUCCUUUAAGAAAGCCUCCUUUUUCACUUCCUCCAGACCCUUUUCUCCAGUUAUGGAAUGGCAGGAUUGCACGGCAAGGAUUGAAGUUGAUGUGCCUGCUUCCGUGGCUUAUAAUUGUUACUCUGAUCGAGAAGCAAUUCCCAAUUGGAUGCCAUUCAUUCCAUCUGUCAAGGUUUUGGAAGACCAGCCUUGUCUCGGUGGUCUUUGAAGUAUAACGCAUUUGACAGUAAUCUUUAUUACUCUUGGCUUGCUAG